AUGCUUGCAUUGGUCGUUGCCCUUGCUAGCCACCGCGGAAUAGGAAAUGCCAAUGCCCUUCCAUGGCCACGGCCCCUGGCUGCUGACAUGGCCUGGUUCAGGACACUCUCCCAGAGCAUCCCGCUCAUCUCCCCAGACCGCAUCGCCCUUGCCCCGUCUGCAUCCAAUGCCGUUGUCAUGGGCAGGAGGACGUGGGACUCCAUCCCCUCCAGGUUCAGGCCCCUUGCCAACCGCAUCAACGUCGUCCUGUCGAGAGGCCCUGCCAGAAGCACAGAAAACACCUUCUUCAUCCAGACCUUCGAGGCCCUCGACUCCCUGCCCCUCCCGCCGUCGUCCAUGACAUUUGUGAUCGGAGGGCGCGACGUCUACAGCCUUGCACUCGAGAGCGGCAGGCCCCACCUUAUAUUUGCCACCGAGGUCUUCGAGUCUCCCGAGUGCGACGUGUUCUUCCCCCACAUCGACUGGGCAUCCUACGAAAAGCGAGACAUCACCCGGGACGUCUCCAGGCUCAUAGACCGCACACUCGCGAGUGCCUUCUACAGCCCCGAGACGGCCACCUUUACAGAGAACGGGACCUCCUUCAAGAUGUUUCUCUACACUAAACCGGAGACCCGCUAG